AUGCCCCUGCUGCUGUUCUCCAAAGCCUGCUUGGAAAAGAUCUUUGGGGUAAAUAUCAGUACUUCGCCUCAUGAUAAGCCCUUCGGCUUUGUUCGCCCUUCGUCAACACCGGCGGCAUUGCAGAAUAAGAUCGCUGGGAUGAGCGAAACUAUGUACUGUGCUAUAUCGCUCAUGUAA